AUGCUGGCCGGCCGCGCCGCGCGCACCUGUGCGCUGCUCGCCCUCUGCCUCCUGGGCAGCGGGGCCCAGGAUUUUGGGCCAACGCGCUUCAUCUGCACCUCGGUGCCGGUGGACACCGACAUGUGCGCCGCGUCCGUGGCCGCCGGCGGCGCCGAGGAGCUCCGGAGCAACGUGCUGCAGCUCCGCGAGACCGUGCUGCAGCAGAAGGAGACCAUCCUGAGCCAGAAGGAGACCAUCCGCGAGCUGACCACCAAGCUGGGCCGCUGCGAGAGCCAGAGCACGCUGGACGCGAGCGCCGGCGAGGCGCGGACGGGUGGCGGCCGCAAGCAGCCCGGCUCGGGCAAGAACACCAUGGGCGACCUGUCUCGGACGCCGGCCGCCGAGACGCUCAGCCAACUCGGGCAAACUUUGCAGUCGCUCAAAACCCGCCUGGAGAACCUCGAGCAGUACAGCCGGCUCAAUUCCUCCAGCCAGACCAACAGCCUCAAGGAUCUGCUGCAGAGCAAGAUCGAUGACCUGGAGAGGCAGGUGCUGUCUCGGGUGAACACUCUGGAGGAGGGCAAGGGGGGCCCCAGAAAUGACACCGAGGAAAGAGUCAAGAUCGAGAGUGCCCUGACUUCCCUGCACCAGCGGAUCAGCGAGCUCGAGAAAGGUCAGAAGGACAACCGCCCUGGAGACAAGUUCCAGCUCACAUUCCCCCUGCGGACCAACUACAUGUAUGCCAAGGUGAAGAAGAGCCUGCCGGAGAUGUACGCCUUCACGGUGUGCAUGUGGCUCAAGUCCAGCGCAGCGCCAGGGGUGGGCACGCCCUUCUCCUAUGCUGUGCCCGGCCAGGCCAAUGAGCUGGUCCUCAUUGAGUGGGGCAACAACCCCAUGGAGAUCCUCAUCAACGACAAGGUGGCUAAGCUGCCCUUUGUAAUCAAUGAUGGCAAGUGGCACCACAUCUGCAUCACCUGGACCACCCGGGACGGGGUCUGGGAAGCCUACCAGGAUGGCACCCAGGGAGGCAACGGCGAGAACUUGGCGCCCUAUCACCCUAUCAAGCCACAGGGUGUGCUGGUGCUGGGCCAGGAGCAGGACACUCUGGGUGGCGGGUUUGAUGCCACCCAAGCGUUCGUGGGCGAGCUGGCCCAUUUCAACAUCUGGGACCGCAAGCUGACCCCGGGGGAGGUGUACAACCUGGCCACCUGCAGCACCAAGGCCCUUUCCGGCAAUGUCAUUGCCUGGUCUGAGUCCCACAUCGAGAUCUACGGCGGAGCCACCAAGUGGACGUUCGAAGCCUGUCGCCAGAUCAACUGAGGCCCAGGGCCGGGCUGAGCCUCCUGGUCCCCAGGUCCCCAGCCCCUUCCCGCUUCCCCCCUGCUUGUGCGGUGAUGAUCCGUCGUCUCUUCUUCUCUCCCUUUCCCCCAGGAAUGACUCAAGGCCAUCGCCCUCGUACAUGCGCACACGCACACAGCCUGGUUUCGUCCUCGUGCACGUGAAGCAGGCCCGGCUCCCAUCCGUCCCCGAGGUG